GUGCCCCCACGGGCACUCUCUGGGCUUCCAGCCGCUCGGGUUCCCGCCCCGCUCUAGCCGCAGGGCCAUUCGCUCAAUGACCAAACUGGAGCCCAAUAAGAACGAGAGAAGCCGGAGGCCGUUCUCUGGAGCCGGGGCGAGUGUGCUCGCAGGCCUAUGCAAAUCGCGGAUCGGAAGGCGCUCCAAUCGGAGCGCAGUUCGGAACCCGCGGCGGCCAAUGGGAAGUCAGAAGCGACUGGGUCUUUAUUUAUAUUUGCCGGCCCCUCCCAGGUUCUGCCAGCCCUUGCCCGUUGCUGGUGCUCCCGCCGCGGGCGUGCAGCUCCCCGGGCCGCGGCCUCUGCAGCUCCCGGCGCGGAGCGAGGCUCUCUCUCCUCCCGCGAUGUCCGGCCGAGGGAAGUCGGGAGGCAAAGUCCGGGCCAAGGCCAAGUCGCGCUCGUCCCGCGCGGGGCUGCAGUUCCCCGUGGGGCGCGUCCACCGCCUUCUGCGCAAGGGCAACUACGCGGAGCGCGUGGGGGCGGGCGCGCCGGUGUACCUGGCGGCGGUGCUGGAGUACCUGUCGGCCGAGAUCCUGGAGCUGGCCGGCAACGCGGCCCGCGACAACAAGAAGACGCGCAUCAUCCCCAGGCACCUGCAGCUGGCCAUCCGCAACGACGAGGAGCUCAACAAGCUGCUGGGCGGCGUGACCAUCGCCCAGGGCGGCGUGCUGCCCAACAUCCAGGCCGUGCUGCUGCCCAAGAAGACCCAGAGCUCCAAGAAGUGAGGCGCUGCCCCCCGGGGGAGACGCAGGGGGCGGCGGGAGCCCGACGGCCCGGAGCUGUCCGCAGCUGUCUGGCCCUGCGCCCGGCGGGGAGGAGCGGGCCGGGUUCCCUUCCCGUGGGGCUGCCGGGGUGGGCCGCGGCUUGAGACGCCGCGUCUGGAGGGCUGGGCUGUGUUCUCCGGUGCGCCCCUGGGAAGGGCCCCCAGACCCGUCGCUAGGGGUUGCGGGCCGGGAUGUCUCCCUGUGCUCCCUUGGGGUGUAGAUGCCCUUUACCCUGUGGAUGAGGUCGUCCCAGCGCUGACCCGCGAAGCGCGCCUGAGGGGACCGGGCUAGGGGCGGACUAGACGGGAUGCGGAGGUGGCCCCUCCCUACACUUUUUUCUCCCCUUAACAAACCCCCUGCUUUUGGGGAGCUCCCUGUAUUUCCUAGGGUGGGUGGGAUCUGUAUUUAUUUAUUAACUUGGGUGGGCGGAGUCACUUUAAUUGGCGGGGGUUGGGGCGGGGAUGUGCUCUGACUUUGUCCUUUUGGUUCCCAAAAUAAACAGCUCUGGUGGCGUCACCGUUAGCCUCCCUUCCUCGGGC